AUGGCGACAACCCUCGAUUGGGGAUUCAGCUGCAACGCGCCGGCUGGCGCCUUCUGCCAGGAAGCCUCCAUCACUGUCCAGACGUGCGAAACGGUCAAGUGGGUCGCACGCGGAGGGCACCAGGUUGUAUCGGGCAUUCGCCCGAACCCAGACGGCACCUUCGCGUCGGAGUGGCUCAGCAGUGGGCAAUCGUUCUCCUUCAAAUUUGAGGAGCCAGGCGAGUACCCAUUCUAUUGCCCGCCGCACGCUAACAUGAAUGCCAAAAUCACGGUGUGGCCUGCCUAA